GCUCAGAAAUAAACCGGAGGCAGAGUGUGUGUGCGUGCGUGUGUGUGUGUGUAUGAAAGGCGAGCGGGCACAGAGAAAGGCGUCGGGAAUUACAGAAUUAAUAGCAAUUACAAAUUGCAUUAAAAAAAACCGAUUAAGGCAUGUGCGGUUAUAAUUUCUAUCAUUAUAAUUAUCUAUAAUUUCUAUAUUUCGGAUCCUUAUGUUUUGGAGAGAAAGAGAGAGAGUUGUAAUAAAAUAAACAGGCUGUGAACAAGUUAUGCCUCGGUUUGACUGCAGUGUUUCAUGGAAAGCCUGGGAAAAACACAAGAAAUAUGAAUAAACAUUGAAAAAACAACAAACAACAACAACAACAGCUCGAUCAGUGGGACAUCCGUGCUGCUGAAUGAGUAAAAACUCUCCACUUCCUGCAACGAAAAGUUUUCCAAGGUUGUUUUUUCUCCCGUGGUGUCUGUGUGGAGCGUGCCACACACCCACUCCAGAACAACGACGGCUUUUGCUUGCAUCUUCCAGUGUUUCUUCUGUCAGCAAGUUCAGCAGAGCUGCAACUCAUCCAGCGCCAGCGCAGACGAGCCCAGCGAGGAGAACCACGACUGUGAGAUGGUGAAAAUGACCAAGUCGAAAACCUUCCAGGCCUACCUGCCCAACUGCCACCGCACCUACAGCUGCAUCCACUGCCGAGCGCACCUGGCCAACCAUGAUGAGCUCAUCUCAAAGUCAUUCCAAGGCAGCCAAGGACGAGCCUACCUCUUCAACUCAGUGGUGAACGUGGGCUGCGGUCCAGCAGAGGAGAGGGUUCUCCUGACAGGUUUACACGCCGUGGCAGAUAUCUACUGUGAAAACUGCAAAACCACUCUGGGCUGGAAAUACGAGCACGCUUUCGAGAGCAGUCAGAAAUACAAAGAGGGAAAGUUCAUCAUCGAGCUGGCUCACAUGAUCAAGGACAACGGCUGGGAGUGACCUGCUUGUCCGGUUUACUUUCUGCUCAGUGACCUUUCGGGCCGCUGUGUAGCGGACUUUACAGAAUGACACACCACACAUGCACGUGCGCGCAAACACACACCUAUACACACCCACCCACCCUAGCGAUCUGCCAUCACCCAUGUGAUUUACACCCCUGACACAUUCAGACUCCAGCACCCAGUGUUCUAAAGCUCGAUCGGAGUAACGUGAUGGAGGGAUGCGGAGCAGCUGAUGGGUCCAACAACGACAAGAUCUCGAUCCAUCUGCCCUUACGCUCCUCUGAGGAUCUGCUCCGCCCCUCUAACUGGUCUUUGUGUCACCUUCGCCGCCACCUGUCGUGAGCAGUUAACAGUAUCUGGAAGACGUUUCCUGGUUCCUCUUUUCAUUUUCACACUGUGUGCAGAAGCGAAUGACAAAACGUGUGUACGCUCGUGUGUGUGUGUGUGCGCGCGCGUGUGUUUCAUGUAGGAAUCCUUUCUGACGGACUGAUGUUACUGGUUAGCAUUACUCCCAGAGACAGAUUUUCACUGAGCAUGCUCUUUUCUGUGUUAGGAUGGGGUAGGGUGGGCUGAACGGGGCGGGAUCAGGUCUGAUCAACGUGAAACGUUUUACUGGGGGGUUUGUAGAACAAAAGGGGCGUGGCUUAUGUAGCAGUAUCGCAGACCCUGUCGGACCAGGGAGGGAUCGAGGGUGGGCGGGGUUUGAGCUUUGCAGUGACAUUUUUUUGUAUUUAUGAUAAUAUCCCUAUACUUUAUCUAUCGUAUUUGAGAUUUUUGGAUUAAUCUCCCACCUUCCUUCUCAGAUGACUUCACUGUGCAAUUAUUUGUGCGCCCCCUCCGGUACAGUUCGUCCCCUGUCUUUAGCUGUAAUCGGUGCUGUAGGCAAGAUCAUAAAAAUAACGUGUUGCUUUUAGUGUUGAGGUGGCAUUUGUGGCAGGCUCCAUGUUUGCAUCAGUACUAUAAGUGAACUUGUGUUUAGUUUUGUUUUUAAUUAUUGUUAUUUUUUUAAAUGCUGUCUGAAAGGCACUGGACAGCAGAGGAAAACUGUCUGUGAUCCACAGCAUCCCUUUCUUUCCUCACCUCAUUUCUUCUCCAUCAUACAUCAGACUCAUCGUGUAGUUUUAUUGAACUUUAUUUUUUUUAUUUAUUUUUUUUUUCUGAUCAUCCAUCACGCAUUUUUCGAGCACGCGUUGGCGAUCGUGUGUGCGUUUUUACUUGAAUGCGGUUAUUUUGUUUUUGCACUUUGUAGAGGCUCUGUUCAUGGGUUUAGAGGCAAAGAAAAAAAAAAACUUUCAGUCCAGGUUCUGGUGGAUGAUUGUAGCGUUGGAUGAACUUCAGGGUCAGGUGAUUGCUGGCAUGAUCAUCUCCCUCUUUAGUUAUUUUUUUUUUCCUUUCUUUAUUUCUUUCUUUCUUUUCUUCUACAAAACUAGACAUUCUGCUGCUUAUCUCUUGCUUCUAUUUGACAAGUUGGCGAAUUAAACCAUAACUGCAGGAACACUAGGGAUUUGGCCAAUUUUACGUAAAUUAAGAGAACAGAUAAGAAGCAGAAAUAAUAGUUUAAAAUUAAAAAAUAAAAGAAAGAAAAUCGAAGUGGUGCGAAAACAACGUAUUGCAAAAGAAAAUUUAAAACAGUGCUGCUAUUAAAAGAAUGCAAUCCGGAGCUUUCACUUUAUACCUCCUGCACUUUAGCUGUAUGAGUGUGUGUGUGUGAGUGAGUGUGUGUGUGUGUAUACGUGUACCUCGUCCUCCUCCGCAUCUUUGCCUCUAAGCAGCAUGAACCUCACGCCUCUCCAAAAGGCCAAAAAAAGAGUAAUCUCUCCCUUCCCUGUUGUGCAGUGCAUGACUCCACGACUCCGCGAUGAUCAGAUUUCCUUCAGCGACUCUACACGAGACAGAAAGAACCUCAUAAACCAGAAGUUUUUAUCCAAAAGACUAUAUUCAGAAGCGUUAAAAACGAUCAGAUAUUUUAGUCGUAGCAGGCGAUAUCUCAGAGCAUGUAUUACGAGGUGGGGAUGGCGAGCGGGCGGGCGGGCGGG